AUGGCCGACCGUUAUUCAUUUUCCUUGACGACUUUCUCCCCAAGCGGAAAACUAGUCCAGAUCGAAUAUGCCCUAAAUGCAGUCAACCAAGGUGUCACGGCCCUAGGCAUCAAAGCAACAAAUGGCAUCGUUUUAGCGACCGAGAAAAAGUCAUCUUCGCCUCUUGCCGACCCCUCCUCCCUAUCUAAGGUCAGCUUGAUCACUCCUAACAUCGGAAUGGUCUACUCGGGAAUGGGUCCGGACUACAGAGUACUGGUAGACAAGGCACGCAAAGUCUCCCACACCGGUUACAAGAGAAUUUAUAACGAGUACCCGCCCACCAGAAUAUUAGUUCAGGACGUUGCACGAGUGAUGCAAGAAGCUACGCAGUCUGGUGGUGUUCGACCUUACGGUGUUAGUCUGUUGAUUGCUGGGUGGGAUGAGGGCAUUCUACCUGAGGAGGAGGCCGCUGCUGAAAGCGAAGUCGAAGGCGAAAAGAAGCCCUCGGGAAAGACCGGCGGAAUUCUAAAGGGCGGUCCCAUGCUUUACCAGGUCGAUCCAUCCGGAAGUUAUUUCCCCUGGAAAGCCACUGCCAUCGGCAAGAGUGCAACAACGGCCAAGACAUUCUUAGAGAAGAGAUACACUGAAGGCCUAGAGCUAGAGGACGCUGUGCACAUUGCGCUUCUAACUUUGAAGGAGACCAUUGAAGGCGAGAUGAACGGAGAGACAAUUGAGAUAGGUAUUGUUGGCCCCCCCGCCGACCACUUACUUGGAGUUGAGGGGGUUCAUGGCGCAACUGGCCCACGAUUCAGGAAGCUCACCCCACAAGAGAUUGAGGAUUACCUAACAAAUCUGUGA